AUGACCAGUCGCUACAGAGUGGAGUACGCGCUCAAGCAGCACCGUCGCGACGGCCUCAUAGAGUGGAUCAAAGGCCUGCUGGCCACGCCGUUCGUUCUGUACGCGGUGAAGAGCAACGGCAUCUCCGCCGUGGACGACCUCAUGGUGAACUCUGAGGCAAAACGCCGCUACGCAGAGAUCUUCCACGACCUCGAACUCCUCAUCGACGACAACAUCGAAAUGACCAAAGCCGGCACCCCCGAAUUGUCUCGGCUCGUGCAGCUGGUUCCGAGCGUUGGCAACUUUUUCACGAGACUGCCUCUGGAAAAGGCCUUCUACAUCGAGGACGAGCGCCGUGCCAUCAGCAAGCGCCGGCUCGUGGCGCCCUCGUUCAACGAUGUCCGGCUCAUCCUCAACACGGCCCAGCUUCUGGAGAUGUCGCGGUUCUUCCAUUCCAAAACCAUCCGAGAUCGCAAGCUGCAGCUCAUUACCUUCGAUGGUGACAUCACACUGUACGACGACGGCAAUAAUUUCGACGCCGAGUCGCCCAUUUUGCCCCACCUCAUCAAACUAAUGGCCAAAGACCUGUAUGUGGGUAUCGUCACGGCGGCCGGCUACAACGACGCAACCAAGUACUACGAGCGUCUCAAGGGCCUUAUCGACGCUCUCCAGACGUCCCCGCUGCUCAAGGACCACCAGAGAGAAAACCUCCUUGUCAUGGGCGGCGAGGCAAAUUAUCUCUUCCGGUACAGUAACGAGGAGCGGAAUUUGCACUUCUACUCCAAAGACAGAUGGCUGCUCGAAAACAUGCUCAACUGGUCCGAGGAGGACAUUGUCCUGACACUGGACUUUGCACAGGAGGUCCUGAACGACCUGGUCCACAAACUGGGCGCCCCAGCCACCGUGAUCCGCAAAGAACGGGCCGUCGGCCUGGUUCCUCUGCCAGGCUACAAACUGAUCCGCGAACAGCUCGAGGAGAUCGUUCUCCGCGUGGACAAACGUCUCAAGCAGUUCCCGACGGCCAAGAAGAUCCGCUGGUGCGCCUUCAACGGCGGCUCAGACAUCUGGGUCGACAUUGGCGAUAAAGCGUACGGUGUGAGGGUGCUUCAAAAAUUUAUCAGCUCCAACGAUAAGAUCGACAUCAAGGCCGAAAACACCCUGCACGUCGGCGACCAGUUCAACUCUCUCGGGUCGAACGACUACGCCAGCCGCACGGCCGCAACCACAUGCUGGGUCUCGAGUCCCGACGAGACGAAGAACCUGCUCAUAGACCUAGUUAAGUACAUCGACGACUGGGCCACCUACUGA